AGCGCGGCGCAGGCUGCGGGUCGGAGCCCCCUGGCCGCCCCCCACCAUGUCCCUGGGGCUCCCCUGUCCCGCGCUGGCCCUGGGGCUCCUGCUCCUGCUGCCCGGGACUCGCAGUGACUGUGGGCCCCCACCAAAGCUGAAUCAUGCCGUCCCCUCCACUAUGAAUCGCACAGAGGGCUUCCCUGUUGACUCCCAAGUUACAUACAGGUGCAGUGAUGGCUUCCUUAAAAUCCCUGGAAAGUCAGACACUGUAGUGUGCCUUUCAAACUCACAAUGGUCAAACAUCAACGAGUUUUGUGGUCGUAGUUGUGGUGUCCCAACAAGGUUAAAGUUUGCUGCCUUAAGUAAGGAAGAUGAGAGGAAGAAUUACCAUCCUGUUGGGAUCACUGUGAGAUAUACUUGUCGCCCAGGGUAUGAGAACAUCACUGAAAUGCUUCUUGUUAGUACUUGUCUUGAAAACUUAACAUGGUCAGAAGCCCCUGAGUUUUGUAGAAGGAAAUCAUGUGGUCAUCCAGGAGAACUACUCCAUGGCAGAGCUGAUCAUAUGAGAGAAUUUCUGUUUGGUGCAAAAAUAGACUUGCUCUGUGAAGAUGGGUACAAAUUAAUUGGGCGGCCUUUCAUUCAAUGUGAGCUUAAGGGAGAUGAAGUUGAAUGGAGUAAACUUCCAACUUGCCAAGUGAUUACUUGUUCUUCCCCUCCUUACAUUGCCAAUGGGACAUACGAUGGCAGGGGUGUAGAAAAUUUUGCUUAUAACUCAACAGUAACUUACAGAUGUGACCGUGGGUUCCGGCUUAUUGGAGCUGCUUCCAUUCAUUGUACAACAAAAGAUAAAACAAGUGGAAUCUGGAGUGGAUCCGCUCCUAAAUGCAAUGUGAUUAUUUGUUUUCCUCCUCCUAAUAUUGCCAAUGGGAUGCACAAUGGCAGUCAUCUGGAAAGCUUUGACUAUAACUCAUCAGUAACUUACAAAUGUGACCAUAAUUUCUCACUUACUGGAGAGGCCUCCAUUCACUGUACAACUAAAGAUAACAUCAAUGGAGUCUGGAAUGGGUCUGCCCCUGAAUGCAAAGUCAUAAUUACCCAGGACAAACCCACAACUGUCCCUCCCGAAGGAGCAGAAGGAGCUGGUACUUCCUCAGGUCUGUGUGGGACCCUGCCAACGCUCAGUCGUGCCAUCCCCCGUGAUGCUAACCGCACAGAGGGCUUCCCUAUCAACGCAGAAGUGACAUACAAGUGCGUUGAUGGCUUUGUUAAAAUCCCUGGAAAGUCAGACACUGUAGUUUGCCUUUCAAACUCAGAGUGGUCAACCAUUGGAGAAUUUUGUGGUCGUGGCUGUGGUGCCCCACCAAGGUUAAAAUCUGCUGCCUUAAGUAAGGAAGAUGAGAAGAAGAAUUACCAUCCUAGUGGGUCCACUGUGAGUUAUGUCUGCCGUCCAGGAUAUGAGAGGACAGAACUGACACCUGUCAUUACUUGUCUUGAGAAUUUAAUAUGGUCAGAAACCCCUGAGUUCUGUAGAGGGAAAACUUGUGGUGUUCCAAAAGGACCAGAGCGUGGCAGAGCUGUUGAUAUAACAAAUGACCUGUAUGGUGCAAAAGUAAACAUAAUUUGUGAUGACGGGUUUAGAUUACGUGGGCGGACUUUCAUCCAGUGUUUGCUGAAGGGAGAUCAAGUUGAAUGGAGCCCAUUUCCAACUUGUCAAGCUAUUACUUGUUCUCCUCCUCCUAAUAUUGCCAAUGGGACACACAAUGGCAGCAAAGUGGAAAUCUUUCACUAUAACUCAUUGGUAAUUUACAAAUGUGACCAUAAUUUCUCACUUACUGGAGAGGCCUCCAUUCACUGUACAACUAAAGAUAACAUCAAUGGAGUCUGGAACGGGUCUGCCCCUGAAUGCAAAGGUCUGUGUGGGACCCUGCCAACGCUCAGUCAUGCCAUCCCCCAUGAUGCUAAUCGCACAGAGGGCUUCCCUAUCAAUGCAGAGUGGUCAACAAUUGGAGAGUUUUGUAAUGGGCAUGGCAUUGAUAAACCCAGCAGCAUCAGCAUCAGCAUCAUCAUCAGUGCUGUCAUCAUUGUUUGUGCUGGGAUCAUUGUAGCUUCCAUUAUAAUAUGGCAAAAGAAAAAACAUUCUUACAGUGUAAGUCUGGAUUCCCAAAAGCAUCACAUUACAACAGAACAUGAUUUCCAGAUGAGUGAAACAAAAUCUUAUUUCAUCUUGAAAGCAUAACAGACAUUGGAAGAAAAUCAUGGAAAAGUUAGGAGAUUAGACCACCCCGGGGCAACUGCAGUUACUUUCACUACAACUUCUUAACACUUUAUCAUAUGUGUUAUUUGGAAUAGGCCUUUUUCUUAUAUAAAAGGGAUACUGAAAAAAGUGAUGUUGAGCUCUAGCCCUGUGCUCUCAUCUAAUCACUAUAUCUUUACUUCCCCCACUCCCACCCUCACUUCCUGUUAGGCUGUGCAUAACACAGGCAGCACAUACUUGUUUUAACUCUGAAAAAUAUUUCCAUAAGAUCCCAGGGGGGCACAAGGGGAGGGAGCAGAUUGUGUAUUUUAAUUGCAUCUGUGAAUAGCAGAAUUAUAGAACAUAUGAUGCUUA